AUGUUAUUUUCAUCAUUGUUAGUAUCUACAUUAGUUUCAGUGGCUACUGCUGCCAACCAAGAAGUUGAAGCUAUCCAGUUUAGUAAUCUUGGGUUUUCUGGUACUUAUAACCAAGUUGAAAAGUUGAGUAAUAUCUAUAAAGAUUCGUGUUCAUGUGAAGUUAACAAAACGCCAGUAUCGUUUUCUGGGACGAACGCACCAUUGAACGAAGAAGUUUCUGUGCAUUUCCGUGGUCCACUUGUAUUGAACAAAUUUGCGUCCUACGUUUCAGAUGGGUUCAAGUAUGGUGAUGAUAGUUCUGGCGACUGGAAGAGAUUGAGUUACUACGAAGGGUCGAGUGGAACCAGUGAGAAUGUCACGUUUUUGACGAGUGCCGGUAAGAACUCUUCGUGUUUGGGUAUUGGGUUGACAUAUGCUGGUACCGAUGGUAUUUCCAAAGCCGACUCGUCGACUGUUUUGGCCAAAAAUACGUUGAUCAACUCGAACGACGAGUUUGUGAUUUUCUCCAACAUUAGCUGUGGCAAGUCCGGGUACAACAACGAUUGUGGUGUCUACAGAAGCGACAUUCCUGCCUACCAUGGGUUUUACGGUACCACGAAAAUGUUUUUGUUUGAAUUCCAAAUGCCAAAUGAGACACAUACGUCAACUGAUAUUUCCAACUACAACAUGCCGGCCAUUUGGCUUUUGAAUGCGCAUAUUCCAAGAACCGCACAGUACUCAAUGAAUGUUAAUUGUUCGUGCUGGAGAUCUGGGUGUGGUGAGUUUGACAUUUUUGAAGUGAUGAACUCGACUGAGUACCUUCACAUGUACAGCACCAUUCACGAUUACCAAGGGUCUGAUGAUAUUCAAACUGGUAUGGCUGCACCCGCCUAUAUUGAGCGUGAUUUGACUGGCACUAUGAGUGGUGGUGUUGCCUUUGACCUGAGUGGCAAUGCUGUUGUUUGGGUGUCUAACUCUACAUCGUUUGAUUCUACUAUUCAAGCUUCUAGUGUCAACUCGUGGGUUAAGCAAGCUGGUGCUGAUGUUGCCACUACAUUGGCUACCGUUACUGGCCAAUCUGCCACUACUACAAGUAAGAAGAGCGGUGGUGUUAGUUACCAACCAUCGUUUAUCACUAACUUGCUUAUGACGGUGCUUACACUUUGGGUUAUUUAG